GGCAGUUGGUCGUUACGUAAGAAUGAUAUGAAUGAGUGGGAUGUUGAGGUUACAGCUCAAAGCACACUUGAUUUUAACGCAAAGAUAAUGGCAUACGAUGCAUCAAGUUUUUCCUACUAUCAAAUUCAUGGAAGACCCAUUCCAGAUGAGAAUGUAACCUUAGCAAUUGAAAUGAACGACAACAGCAUAGGUGACCUAGAUUUUGUUUCGCUACUGAAUGUAUAUGGGAAUGAAAUAUCACAUUAUUCAUUGCAAAAGAGGAACAAAAGCAGCUCUCGAGGGUUUUAUACAACUACUGUUAUGAUUCCACAUCAGUAUUUCAAAUUGGCAGCUGUUGGGACAACAAAGUCUACAGGCAAAAAUUUUGUACGGAUGCAUCGGGAUGUUAUAGAAAUAGUUAACAUAAAACUAGACCAUUUACAUGAAAAAGUUCCAUUGUACCUUAAUGAGGAUCUGAAUGUGACAUUUGUCAUAACAAAUGCUGGAAGUCAGGAUGAAGAUGUUAUAGUCACAAUAAAAGACGACAAAACUUUUUCUGUCGGUAUUAAAUCUAGAACAUUUCAUCUGAAGGCAUGGACAAACCAGACGAGUUAUUUUACAAUACACGGAGGCAAAACAAAAGGAGAAACCACUACUAUCACACUAAAUGCUAAACCAGCAGCUACGACAAGAUCUCACAGCAAGUUUCAACAAAUCAUAACGUACCUGACAGUCGAAGAAAGGAAGGUUGACAAAAUUCCACCUGUUUGUAACGUGACGACCACUUCUAUUUCUUGCAACGAUCCGUGUAAAUGUAGUAAAAUGAAUGCUUUUGUCAUAGCCGAGAUAUGGGAUGAAGGUGAGGGGUUAUCAGAAAUAACAGCACCAAAUACUCCACUUAAUUCGCUACAAGUGCAUGGUUUUUCGAAAGGACUCGUCAAAGCUAAAGGAAAAGUUUCAGCAACAUUAAUCAUCGACUGCUGUCGAAAAAAUGUGACCAUUGAUGUAAAAGAUUUGAAAAAUCUUACAAGCUCAUGUGACAUACCAAUAGAUCCAACAUAUGACGCAAUUAAUCCUUGUACAACUACAACCACCACCACCACAACAACAACAACACCUGCAUCAACAUCAACAAUAUCUACAUCAACAACAAUGAUCACCAAGGCAAGAUUUGCAAAUAAAGUCAAAUAG